AUGACAACGAAACGUAAUAAAGAAAAUAAAGGAUUAACUUCACUUGAUCGUGGUAUAUCUGUUCCUUCAUAUCAUCGUACUGAUCCGAGAGUAUCUCAUGAUACAGAAGCAUUACGUACGAAUACUGAUAAUCGAUGGAUAAAAGAUGAUAUAGCUCAUGUAUUCUAUGGAUCUAAUAAUAUAAAUGAUACAUCAAAAUUAGCUACAUUAGUACGACCUAAUAUUGAAAUUUUACGUGCUAAUUCACCUACAUUGAAACGUUUAGUAGCUGCACGAAUUAAACUUGAUAAAUAUCUUAUUUCAAUUUCAAAUAUUAAUUCAACUAGUCAACAAUCAAAUCAUACUGUAAAUGAAACAACUUAUUUAUCAAAUUAUGAAAAAAAAACAACAACAAAUAUACGUACAUCAUUAUCAUCAUCACAAAAACAAAUUAAAUCUCAACAAAUUCUUAGUAAUGGACCACUUGAUAAAAUAACUUAUGAAAAAACUUGUUCACGUAAUGGUAAUAUUAAACAAAAAUGUUCAUUAGAAAUUUGGUUACCAAAAGCUGAUUCUGAUGAUGAUGAUGAUGUUGAUGAUAAUGAUGUUGAUGGAAAUAUUAUAGGUCGAAUAACACCAUCAGAUUCUAAAUUAAUCGAAAAAAAAUCUCAAUCACCUCAAUCAAUAUGUAUUAAAAGUCGUCGAUCAAGUAUAAUAAAACCACCAACAAAUAUUGAAACAAAAUCAAUUGAUGAAAUAUCUUCAAAAAAAUCUGAUCCUCUUAUUAUACCUCGUGUUUAUCAUUAUGAAGAUUAUCUAACAGAUCAAUCUGAAGAACGACCACGUUCAGGUAAAAGUGUUCAUACAACUAAAUCGGAUGGUAAAAUAUCAAAUAAAAGUAUUCAACAUCAACGUAAAAAUCCACAUGCUCGUCGUCAAUCGUCUUCAACAAAUCGUACAGAAGAAACAGUUCAAUCUGUUCAAUCAGAAAAACCUAUGUCAUCAAAAAAUUUACUUGCAAAUAUCAAACAAACAAAUACUAGUCAUGAAAAAAAAGAUACAUUAGGAUCUAGUAAUUCAUUAAUGUUAAAUGAACUUAUGAGAAAAUAUUCAAUGAUUAAAAAAACCCAUCAAGAAUUAACACAAGCAAAAUUACAACUUGAAAAAUCACAUAAUGAUUCAAAAAAUAAUACACAGAUAAUGAAAGAUCAUUCUCUUCCAUCACCUCCUACAUCAGAUUCAGCAUCAUUUACGUCUUCUGAUUAUCUAGCAGUUUCAGUUAAAAAACUUCUUGGUGAUAAUUCACCACCACGAUCAGCUGGAGUUUACAAUAAUACAAAUACAAAUACAAAUACAAAUACAAAUACAAAAACACUUGACCGACGUUCAGCACAUCGUAAACCAUCGAAUUCUGAUAUUUUACCUCAAACACGUUUAAUUUCUAUUGUUAAACAUUUUCAAAAUCGUCGAACAUCAGCUUCUAUAUCGACUUCUCUCUUACCAACAGUUAUUGGAAAGAAAAAUGAUGAUCCGUUUCGUUAUUUAGAACGUAGUAAAACACUUGAUGUUGUCUUUGAUAUUCCUAUUGACAAUUCAAAUAAAAUUUCAUCACAUUUACCUACUCGAUCAGACAGUCCUGAAAAUGUUUCAAGUUCAAAUAAUGUCUUACAACGUAAAACUAAUGGAGUUGAACAAAUAUCUCCGCCACGUAUUUCUAAACGAUCUCUACCAUCAGCAUCACAUACUCUUCGUUCUGAAGAGCAACAUCAAAAACAACAAAUUGUUCAACCUCUUGUUCAAUUAAUUCAAUAUCAAAAGAUUCAAAAUUCUGCACAACGUUAUCAUCAUUCUGCGCAUACAUCAAAACCUACAGGUGUUUCAACAAAUAAACCAUUCGUUCAUUUAAAAUAUAGUAAUGGUGGAAAUAUAGAUCGUAAUUGUCUGGUACCUGAAUAG